AGCGGCAAGCUAAGCACCCGCCUAAGCCUACCCCUCGCAUUAUACGAUAAAAAGUCACUCAGACCUCGCAAUUUACAUUUUCGUAAUUACUUCUCCAUGUCCAUGAUGAAUUAGAAUGGAAAUUUUCGUCGCAAGAUUUGCAUUUCCAGAAGUCUUCGUGGCUCCUACCCAAAGUCAAAGACCUGCCCAGCCAUUAAACUACCCACCCCGACCUGUAUUUUCUUUUAGAAAUUGUAAUUGAUUACUUAUGUAAACGUAGCAUUAUCCAUGCAUUGUCAUCCGUAGACGCUUUUUUUUUUAGAUACGCCAACAAGGAGCGAAUUUCUCAUCAGUACCCACGCAAGAGGGCACUGUGAAAUUCCUAAAAGUCGUAAAGAUGUUGUGUUUUAGUCGAACCGAAGAUCAUACGAAUGCGGUUUUUUGACAAAUCUGCUAUCACGAGCUAGAUAUUUCAACUUCAGCUUUUCGAUUUCGUCCACCUCUUAGCCUUCUAUCAUAUUGAUCUACGAGUUUAUUCCAGGGGAGCAGUUGCAGUUGCGCCGGAGCGCUAGUCCUCUUCACGAGCUUCUGCUAAAAUGACUAAAAGAGCGGGAGACUCAGCGCAGGAAGCGGCAUCGCCAACUACCGCCAUCGAGAUGGUUAAGUCGUCGCCAGCAGCACCAGAUAGCACAACGAUGAAGAGAAGAAAGGAACAAAACCAGCCCUGGACGUGGGAGCACACGGGACUGCAACUGAAAUUUCUCUUUGUCGGCUUCUCCGCGUACGUGCUCGCGACCGGCGGCAUUGCCUGUGCGUUGCGAUUUCUCUUCUCCGAUCUAGGGAGGUUAAACGACGUCAGCCGCGCCGUGCAAACCGCCGCGACGGCUUCCGAAGGGGCGCAGCCGGCAGCGCCGGCCGACCCGACGACCAGCGGAGCAUUUAUUUUCGGAGGUGGUGAAGAAAAUGCGUCGACGAUCAUCCCAAAAACCUACUCCUACACGUCCUACACCUCGCAAGUGGCGAACUUUCUGUCCGGCGGGUGGAGCGGCUACAACACAAACGUGGAUGGUGCUGGCGCCCCACGACCCUCCCCCGGUGCCGAUCUGGUUGUGCGAAACGAGGUAUCUGGCGAACUCAUUCCGUACGAAGAUUUGAACACGACGGGACACAUAUUGAUGCAGAUCUUCGCGAUCCCAGCAGCGCUGUUUUUUGUCGUUCUGUUCACCCUACCCUUCUUUCUCAUCGCGGCGGCCCGGUCGGAUCUGUACAUCCGGGAGGAAGACUUUCGGUUUUUCCACGAGUCGCACAUCUACCGGCCGUACGAGUCACCGUUUCUGGUCAACAGCAUCCUGGCAGCCGCGGCGUCCGAAAACGUGAACAUAGUACAACCCCCAGCUAACCUUUCCGAUCGCGAUUUUCAAAAUCACCGCUGGAUCAUCUUCAUGAGCAAACUGCGGUACUACUUCCACCUCGUCGCCUUCCGAGUGUUGUCGAUCGCGGUGGCCGGUUGCAUGUUCAUCAGCAGCGGGUUGCCGCUCGUUAUCCACAGUAAAUUUCCCGUACGCGUACAAAAACAAAUGCGGUCUCUGCAUGGCAAAACUUGGCUUCGGUCCUAGUUUAGCAUGACAAGUUUCACACUCCAAAUUGGGGAAAUUUGUGAUGCGUCUUGUACUUGGGGCCGGCGCGAUGGAUGAUCAUUUUGCUCCCUUUUUCUCUCGGAUUUCUCCAACCUAAGAAAUUUUUUUAGCCACCACGCACCGAGGCCGGGCCCGCCGAGCAGAAUUGUCCAGGGUCUCGCCUGUGCGGCCCCAAAAAGAAGCGGCGUCGCACAUGUUGGGCCGCUUGCGGUUGCGCCGGUGCUCUUGGGGGCCCGGCCGCCGCGCUGGGUUGUGGCAUUGCGGGGGCCCUUGCGGAGGGGCAGUGGGGUGUUGGCGCGGUCGGUCCAGGCCGCGCAGGCGCCCACCUGGCGCGGGGGCCUGGCGCAAACUGGCCAGCCGAGGCCGGGAGCCGAAAUGAAGCAGGAGGAAAGGGGGGCGCGGGUCCUUGCAUGGGCCACACUGGGGAGGGGAGAGGUCGCGGCCAAGCUUGGUAGAGCGCGUGAAGCGCGGGCGUCCGUCCCAUGCCAGGCAAGGAGCUCCGAAGCUGGGAGGAGACACAGAGCACAGGAUCCAUGCUCGGCCGGGGGCCUGCGGCCCGCAACCAGCGGGGCGCCCCCGCGAAGGCAGGGAUCGGCGCGGCGCCUUCGCCAUGUCCCGGGCGGGCUCAUUUCGCGUCCAAUAUCCCCGGUCCCCUUUCUGAAUCCCGGCGCCCCAGUUUUCGCCGUCCUUCCGAAGUAGGGUCGCGCGAAAACUUAUGAUCAUCAUUUUCUUCAGAUUUUCUCAUUAUUUUCUCACCAUUUUCUCAUCAUUUUGUCCAGCCGACAAAAUGAUGAGGUCGCUAUAACCGUGUUCGUUAGCUCGUGGAACGGACAAAAUAAUGGGUGUGUGUUUGAGAAAAUAAUUAGAAAAUCUGAAGAAAAUAAUUUGUAAGAUUUUUCAUAAUUUUCUCCUGUUCUUUCCGAGGUCCCGGACAAGAAGUUCCGGGCGCCGGGAGAAAAUCUGGAGAAAAUUGUGACAAAAUGAUCGCCCAGAAAACGGCCCCCGCCGAAUCGCCCCGCGCGGGUGUUUUGGUUGGGGCACACAAGGUGCCCGGCGCACCGGCGCCAUCCCGAGCGCCUUCCCUGCUUCGCGUCUGGGCUAGCUGGCUCUUCUGCCGGCGUGGCACUUCUACGGCCAAAUAGCCUGCGUUCUUCGGUCGGCCCCACUUAAAUUGAGAGGCAACCGCUAACAAAGAAACAACCAGGGGCCAAAAUACACACGCACCGAGCGCCCGCGGGCCUCCGUUUGGGUGGCCCCGCCCCCUCCCCAGUCUCCCGGCCUCUUUUGCCUGCGCAACCCCAGCCCCCCGGUGCGUCCGGCUUGGCGACCGGCCGUCUGCCUACGGCGCAUCACGGCCCAACCCGCGGCGGCUUUAUGUUUUAGAGAUCAGGCCGGUGUGGCGACAUGAUCCCGGCAGGAGUUGGCGCGGCCCGCUGUUUUUGCCGGGCCGAAUUUCCGUGCGAAGGCUUGGGGCCGCGCCUUCAUCUAGCGGGCGCCGGGCGCUCUCGGGGUCCCGGGGUGGAAAAGUUUUUUUUUCAAAGAAAAACCGAAGAAAUCCGGCAGCAAUCUGGGUUGCGUCAUUCAUCAAACCACGCCGGCCCCAAUUGUACAUGUGCGGGAAAAAAUUUGUAUUGCAUACUCGUGUUUGCGACCCUGCUGUUCCAGGUCAUGGACGGGCUCGGGGCGGAGAUGGUCUACGUCAGGGAAAUCUCGUUGGAGUAUUUGUUUCCGUUAGCGUGUGGCGGUGACGCUUGCAAAGGGAUCUCGACGCAAGCACAGCUGGUAAAAAGAAUGAACCUAUGUAGUGCAGUUGUUGUUCUAUCUUGCACACAGCCAGCGUGACCUAUUCGCUUUAUUUUUUGUAGGUGUUCAGUUUCGAUUUGGCAUCACGAUCAAGUUCAGAGCUCUUAUUCUCCUUGAGGUGCAGCUUCUUGAGUCUUUUGUCUCAUCUCCUCCCCUACAAAAACAGGUCGACGUCUUCGGCGCCUACGCGAUGGUUGCGUUCCCGUACAUCGGCGCCUCGAUCGUGCUCGAGAUCAUUCUGCUGAUGGUGGUGGUCCCCGAGCACAGACGUCCAAAGGACACGUACACGUUUGCGGAUAUCCACAGUAAAUUUACCGUACACGUACAAAUGCAGUCUCUGCAUGACAAAACUUGGCUUCGAUCCUAGUUUAGCAUGACAAUUUUUUACACUCCAAAUUGGUGAAAUUUGUGAUGCAUCUUGUACAUCAUGUACGGGAGAUUUGUAUUGCAUAGCGGACACGGUGCUGUCACUUCUGAUGGGCCUGCUCUCCCUGCUCGUCUCCAAGAUCGCCUUCGUCUCCUACGUCCCGAUGUGCUACACCUUUGUGUACGACGGGUUGCGCAACAUGAGCGCUGCUCUAGAUGGGCCAUCAACUACGGAGAUGGAGGACAUCACUGCUGCUACUGGUAGCUCCUCAGCAGCAUCAAACGGCGCAGGAGCCGACUCGACGUCGUUGCCCUCUUUACUCGGCUUCACAGAGCCGAAUACCGUGUCCGGUUUCUGGCUCGCCCUUCUUUCCGCCGAUCUGUGGUACUACCUGGUGCAUCGCUGGUGCCACGUGAGCAGCUGGAUGUGGACCGUGCACGCGGUGCACCACAGCACCGAAGAGUUCAAUAUCACGGCCGGACCACGCGAGGGGUUCCUCUACUGGGUCACGCCCUACUUUCUCGCGGUGAACUUGCCUCUGGCGGUGUUUUUCCCGCCGCAGAUCGCACUACCCGCGGUCGCCCUGGUGAGUAUCUGGCCGAUCACGCUGCACACCGUCACGUUUCCGGAAGCCAGUGCCGACAGCAAGCGCGGGUCGUCGUGGGAGAACCGGGCGGUGUAUUGGCUCUCGCACGUGGUGAACAAUCCGUCCCUGCACCGGAUCCACCACGCAAGGAACCACGACCGGCUCGGGAAAAAUUUCGGGAGCAUUUUGGCCAUUUGGGACAUAAUGUUCGGCACGUGGGAGCUCGAGAACGUGGUCGUGCUGUACAACGACGCGGACGAGAGGAGCUCUGCUGCUUCCGUGAAGGACGAGCAGUUGAGGAAACAAGGAGAGGUAAAAUCUGUUGAAGAACAGAUGAAGAACCAGAACAACAUUAACAACGACAAGGAACAGAAAAUCGACGAUGUCCUCGCUCAACUACAAACAAGUUCAUCGAAAGAAGUUAUCGACGCAACAACUACAACAUCAUCUCCGCUCGUCGCAGAAGCUACGACCUCCAGAAAUGAUGUGUACUACGGAAUCAUCCCGACGCUGCGCAUCAGCGAGGGAGCGGGCGUGUGGUGGCAAAACUGGCAACCCUUCCACCACAUGCUCUUCGUGCAGACCAACAAACUGUAUUCCCAGUCGCUCUGGCUCGCCCCCUGGGCGCACUGGACGCCAGGGCCGAAGUCCAGCUGUCCCGCGGUCGGGAAACUUCUGAAUCCCAGCGACAAGGUCUUCGUCGAGAUGAACAAAACGCCGGAAAUCUUGACGUUUGACAACAAUGAAACUUGUACUGCAAGCGACGUCUUGGAUCCAAUCAUGUCUCCGACGAGCACGACGAGACAGCGACUUCGAGCGCCUCUUCUCGCCAACGGCAGCACGUCUCCAGCCGCGAUUGGCUCGCCUGUGCGAAGAAGUGCUAGCAAGGAUAGAAGUUGUAGCAACGUCGGCAGCCCAACAUCCCGAGCAGUGGUCGAUGAUUUCAACAUCUCUAGCAGGACCACCACGAGUAAUCCCACGUCUAGCAACCUCGCGUUAAUCACCGUGCUGCAGCGCCUGUUGAACCAGUCCACUUUGCAGAACCCGGUGUGUCUGGCCUGGGGUACGGUGUUGUACGUCACGCUACACGCGGGCGUUGUGCUCGCGUUCGGGAUCUGGCUGCUGAUGGUAAAUUGGGACAAGCUCACCGUGAACUUCCAAGACGCUGCCUAUCCCUUCUCCGACACCGCGGUCGCCUGCGUCGUGUUUUUGCUGACCUUUUACCACUGCGAGAGCGUUUCCGCCGUGUUGGAGUCGGUCGUGGUGAAAUCCGCGGAGAGGCACCGGAAACUGAAAAACAACGAAGUCUACAACGCGUUCUGGUCCGCGCACCCGGCGCGGUUGCGGUGCAACGAGGUUUUUCGAAAUUCCUUACUGGUCUUAACCGCGGUCUAUUGGGGCGGAAUCGAUGCGGGGAUGGCGGUUCUGUACUGGGUGAUCGCCCACGUUGGAGUUGCCGUGGCGGCCGCAUUUCUGUCAUCGCGUUUAGAGGAAGAACCGUUGCUGGCGUGGAAGGAAAAUAGAGCGGGUGGAGCAGACGCACUCAGCCCGUAGGUGGUCUUCGUCGCCUAUGAUGCAAAAGAGUGAGGAGAAACAUGGAGACUCAGCUGCAAGAUGAAGAUGAAGAUGUAGGAUGGGAAAAAGAGGCCGCAUGAUGAUCGAAGUGUGAAGUUGUACUUAGUUAUGAAGUCAUCUCAAUUUUUCCUGAAUCUUAGAUCUACUUUUACGUGAUCGGAUGGAAAUCAACCGCAAGUCGUUUUCCGGACGCUCCUGCUAUGGUGGGAACAUUUUAUAUAGGCUCGUUACUUACUAACUCUACACAUGCAUACGGUUAGUUACCACGGUCAGAGAGCAAGCCAUCAAGAAAGCGUCUGUGUGGCCGCGCCUUUUCACUUUCUGAGUUGGUGAAUCCUCCUUAUUUUUGAUGAACAAGCUGAAAGCAAUCCACAACGUCAACGUCGAAGGCGAUCCCUUGACCAUGCCGUUUCUGUUUCAGUUGUUUCUUUUUCGUGGUCCUCGAAGUAAAUUAUCAUCCCAACUGUAGCUGAUGUUGUCAGGGAUAGUGAAAUAAAGAAACUUCAAACCUCGCUUUAUUCAAAUCAUGUCUGGUUUUGGAGUUCUUUCGAACUAUAGGCAUGGGGAAAAAGGAUCGACAUCAUGACGGGCUUUUUACAAAAAGAAAGAGAACUUGCCAUCUUGCCUAAUCAGAACAACAAAGGGAGACGCUUUGCUGCAGCUUCUGGAAAUGGUAUAACGAUAGCAAGAUUAGAACUUCCCGACAAAAAUGCGUAUCUGUUUCAGAGAAUCAUACAUACGAGAACUAUUGUUGAAUGGGAGAGAUAGACACUGAAACGUACACGUAGUCACGCAAAAAUAUAUCGCACGAAAUAAGCUAUGGCACCAUGCAUUGUUCCGCAAAAG